UAGAUCUAGCUUCCUUUUUCACGUCUGAAUGCCUUUACCAAUUUGCACGGAUCCUGGUAGAUCCCAGAUUGGAAUUAGAAUAUCUCACAAUGAUAACGAUUUAUCUUUUCAAGAUCGCGAGAAUUCACGGCAGAAAAGAUGACGGAAUUUAUAUUUUGUAUUCAAAUGACGGUGAAGUUCGUUCAUGGAAAGAGUUACAAAUAAAGUAUCUAAAAGAACGUAGGGAUUUGUGAAAGAAACUAUUUAAGAUUAAACCCGUAGAGUCGUGUAAGUAACAAGAAGUACAUGCAGAUAGCACCCGGAGUGAAAAAAAUGGCCGACUGCGAGAAGGAGGAGGCUCACAAUCUCCAAAUGGAAUUUGAAUGGGUACUUCAUGAAGAAGUUCAUUCUUCACUGUCACAGUUGAGGAAUAUUUUAAUGGAAUGUGCACAAAGAUUUCCAUUAGCAUUAUUUGGCAAUGAUCAACAUAAUAAGACAGACAGAUUUAUAUUUGCUGCCCCACAUGACCAAGUGAAAUGCAUAGCUGUUUUAACUGGUGAUAGCAUUACAAGCGCUGAUGUAAACUUUAAAGUUCAACGACAACAAAAUGUUAAUAUGAGAACAAGCAUACAAAAUGAGCAUCCUUGGAAAUUACAGCAAAUACAGGAUGCUGCUAAUCACUUACAACAAGCUAUUGCUCAUAUAGACAAUGUUGAUCAUCAUUAUCCUUUUAAAACAUCUGAUGAAGUUAUGCACAUAUUAGGAAACAUAUUAGGUUGUCUUCAACGUAGUCGAACAAGUUUAAUUGUUCCUAGGAAGAAAACCAUUGAUGAUCUAAUUAAAAGCCGUAAUAUGAAGUCUUUGAAUCCAAAUCUUCCAGAAAAUUUGGCUAUUAGUUUUUACAUUCAAAGUUACAAGUUGGUUCUAGCAGUGUAUCAACUAGAAAAUGCGCAUGGUAGUGUAAAAUAUGAAACCCAACAAGCAGAAUGCAGUGUACCCUGGUUAAACGAUGCUUUAGUAUUGCUCACUAUAGCAUUACAGCUUUGCCAGCGGUUAAAAGAUAAGAUCUGUGUUUUUUCUCAAUAUAAAGAUUUUACGGUGAGUUCUCAUGUUCCAUCUACAGUGGGUUGGUAAUAAGAGUAUAUCUAAGCUGUUACGUGAUUCUCAGUUACAAAACUGGCUCUGUGUAAAUGUAUACCACAGUAUGCCAUAGUCAAUGCUCUGGUAGUAUUUUUGGUGAAUAUUGUUUUUAAAAAUAAAAUUUGACCCUAAUUAGAAUAAGACAUCUAUAGAAUUUUUAAAAAUUCUUUAAUUUACAUGUAUAUGUUUCGAUUUAUUCAUGCUUUGAAUACAUUAACUUUUGUCUAGAACUAAAAAUUCUUUUAUAACAGUACAAGUACUAAGACUUUAUUGUUGUUUAAUGUGAAUAUAAGAAUUUCGAAAGAAUUUUGCCAAUAAUAAUUAAAUUUACAACUGUGUUGUAUUUCGUUCGUUCAGUACUAUUUUUUAGUUAUAUUUUGAAGAUCUUCGAUCUAACAUGUAAGAGUAGUCGUAAAUCAUUAUUGAAUUGUUUAGUGGAAUAGUUAAGUAGUGUUUUUACUACACUUCUGUGAUCAUUCGGAAUGUUAACAGCAAUUCUUCCCUACUUGAAUUUAACACCUUAUUCCUAAAGUAGUCUGUGUUAGUUUUCAAGUCUUUGUUUUAAAUUAGUUUCUAUAAUCAAUUAUAGUUUUUUAAGUAUCUCAAUCAAUUAUUUAUUUUAAUCACCAAAGAAAAUAACAUUUAAUAAGCACUGACCUUUAUUGUCAUGGUAUGACGUUCCUUUCAUCAUACUGUAUCUACAUUUACACACCAAUGAAUUCAAUUAUCUUAUUACUAGAUAUAUUAUAUGAAUCAUAGACCAGACAUUAGUGUAAUUGUUGUUGAUUAAUGUUAUUGAUAUUUACGAAAAUAUGGCACAAAAAUAGCAAUUACUAAGAAUUUAAAUGCAAUUGUAUUAGACAUUUUAGGAUUACUUUAAGAUAACAACGCUAGAAAUUUGCAGUUUUUAUUAAUAACAUUGGAUUGUAUGUUGCAUUGAGUUGGAUGGAAGGUAUUUACGAUUUUAUAAGAAAAAUGAAAUUGUUUUUGAAUGUAACU